AUGUUAGAGAUGAAGAACCUAUGUCGUGAAGUGUGGACUUGGAAUCGAAAAAAAGAGAUGAGUUUGAUCCAAGACUGUCUAAGAAAUCACCGGUUUAUAGCAAUCGAUACGGAAUUUCCAGGUUCGUUGCGAGAAACUUCUAAAGACGCGACAGAUUACGAACGCUACAACAACAUGAGAUUCAGCGUCGACAAGACAAAACUGAUCCAGUUAGGUCUUACUCUGUUCGACGCAGAGGGAAGAAUCGGCGGUACUUGGGAGAUAAACUUCUCUGAUUUUGGUGAAACUGGCGAUGCGAGAAACGAGAAAUCCAUCGAGUUCCUCAAACGCAACGGUCUAGAUCUAGAGAAGAUCAGAGAACAAGGGAUUAGCAUUCAAGGUUUUUUCUCCGAGUUUCGUCGGAUUCUGCAACGGACGAUGAAUGUUACUUGGGUCACGUUUCACGGAUCUUAUGACAUCGCUUAUUUACUCAAAGGCAUCACCGGAGAAUCUUUACCCGUGACUUCAGAGAGAUUCGCGGAAGCGUUGGCGAGAGCUCUUGGUUCGGUUUACGAUUUGAAAGUAAUGGCUGGUCGAUUUGAAGGACUCGGUAGCCGUCUCGGUCUUCAGAGUCUUGCACAUGAACUUGGACUUAACCGUGUAGGGAUUGCACACCAUGCGGGGUCAGACAGCGAGUUAACGGCUCGUGUUUUCGAUAGAAUGGCUCCGAUCUGUCAUAACAUUCAAGAAUCAGAAGGUUUUGUUUAUGGACUCGGAUACAGAAUUCUCUCACACCGUUUGAAGCAAGAGCUUGUCAUGAUGCGUCAAAGGGCUCAGUUGCAUAUUAAACAUGUGAUGAAGACAAGAUGCUAUGGACCGGCUUCGCCUUUUCUUCCACCGAUGCCACAGCUAAGGCCGAUGUGUGUUGCUGGUUUUCCGCCUUUUGGUGGGCACAUCUUGAUGCCGAGAGUCUCCAUGUAUUAA